UUGAUGGCUAAGUUUGGAUUAUAUUUGUCUCCAUUCUUGCUGCUUUUCAUUUUGCUGAAUGGUGGUGCAGUCACAGGCCAAGAAAUGGUGCCUGCCAUGUUCAUAUUUGGUGACUCUCUUAUUGACAAUGGCAACAACAACAAUCUUCCUUCCUUUGCUAAGGCUAACUAUUACCCUUAUGGCAUAGACUUCAAUGGAGGCCCCACUGGUCGCUUCUCAAAUGGCUACACUGUGGUUGAUGAAAUUGCUGAACUGCUUGGACUUCCUUUAAUUCCAGCAUACACAGAAGCCUCUGGGAAUCAAAUGCUUCAUGGAGUAAACUAUGCUUCAGCUGCAGCUGGAAUCCUUGAUGCCACUGGCAGAAACUUUGUUGGCCGCAUACCAUUUGAUCAGCAACUUAGGAACUUCGAGAACACACUGAAUCAAAUUACUGGAAAUCUUGGAGCAGACUAUAUGGCCACAGCGCUUGCACGGUGCAUAUUCUUUGUUGGAAUGGGAAGCAAUGAUUACUUAAACAACUACCUUAUGCCUAAUUACCCCACCAGAAAUCAGUACAAUGGACAACAGUAUGCUGAUCUCUUGGUUCAAACGUAUAACCAGCAACUCACUAGGCUUUACAAUCUUGGAGCAAGGAAAUUUGUGAUUGCUGGACUGGGACUAAUGGGAUGUAUUCCAAGCAUAUUGGCUCAAAGCAUGAGUGGAAGCUGUUCCGAAGAAGUGAACUUGCUAGUGCAACCCUUCAAUGAAAAUGUGAAGACCAUGUUAGGCAAUUUCAAUACUAAUCUACCUGGUGCCAGAUUCAUAUUUGCAGAUUCUUCCCGCAUGUUCCAGGACAUUCUUCUCAAUGCUAGAUCUUAUGGCUUUACAGUUUUAAAUAGAGGGUGUUGUGGCAUUGGAAGAAACAGAGGCCAAAUUACAUGUCUUCCAUUCCAAACGCCAUGUCCUAACAGAAACCAGUAUGUAUUUUGGGAUGCAUUCCACCCAACAGCAGCAGUGAACAUUAUUAUGGGAAGGAUGGCUUUUAAUGGAAACACAAAUUUUGUUUAUCCUAUAAACAUUAGGCAACUUGCUGAACUAUAA